AUGUCUAGACAAGGCACCUUUCACGCAUGCGUUGAUCACGGAAUACAAGGCUCAGAGAAAACCACCAGCCUCUUCACAGACACAACCUUCCGCUCAACUGACCAUACUCUCAAAAUGUCGAGUCCUACUUCCAGUUUCUCGGCGGGGCAUUACAAAGCCAUCGAAGUCGUCACACGCACAGCUUCGGUCCUCUCCGUCUUGGGCUCCUUCUUCAUCGUGGGAACUUUUAUAGCUUUUCCCUAUUUCAGAAAGCCCAUCAAUCGGUUGAUCUUCUACGCUACGUUCGGCAACCUUAUGGUGAAUAUCGCAACGUUGAUAUCGACAUCUGCACUUCCUCUUCAAGGUAGUGGUGAUGUCUCGAGGCUGUGCGAGUUCCAAGGUGUCUUGAUUCAAUGGUUCAUGUCAGCAGAUGCCUGUUGGGACUUUUGUAUGGCAACCAACGUACUCCUCGUCUUCUUUUUCGGGUACAAUUCUGAUCAGCUCCACAAACUUGAGAAAUGGUACUUCCUUCUAGCGUACGGCAUACCCGGUAUUCCAGCGAUUAUCUUUGUGAUUCUAGAUCAUACUGGACAGUCCGUUGUCGGACCAGCUGUCAUUUGGUGCUGGAUCAGUAGAGAGCAUGAUUGGAUGCGAAUUGCGUUCUUUUAUGCCCCAGUCUGGCUCGUGAUCGCCGCAACCUUCGCAAUUUAUGUAGCAACGGGCGUGCAUAUCUAUCGAAAGCGUGCAUUGCUACGUGACUUUUCAAAAGCGCCAACUCAUCAGCCUGACAUGGGCUUCUCCCCCGUUGUUGCAGAGGUGAAACCGAGCACUUUUGGAGAUCUCCGCAACAUUGUCGUCACGACUGAGAUAGGAUAUUCCGUGGACGGUGAACCUUCCGCAAAGAAGCCUGCGUCAAGUGAGGGUGAUGAAGAGUCGAUGAGUUCUUAUUCGAGCACUCGCAACUUCCCGGGACCAAGCAAGAACCUGAACUCGGCCACUGCAUCCACACCUCUUGUACGCUCUUCUGUACUCCCACAGGAUGUAGAGAAGGCUAUGGAGCCUCAGAAGAAUCCUAACCAAAGCGGCGGACAUGGCAAAUCCAGCUACAGGGCAACGGCCUUUGCAACCCCCUCCGACCUCCCUCCAAUCAACGUAGAGACCACGAACCGCCACCCAAAACCUCACGCUCCAGAAGGCAAUGAAGCGGCCAUGACUUACCUCAAAGUCGCUAUGCUCAUGUUUGUCGCCAUGUUCAUGAUCUGGGUACCUUCCACCAUCAACCGCCUCUACUCAUUCGUAUACAAAGGUCAACCAAACUACGGCCUCAACCUCAGCUCCGUUGUCGUCCUCCCCCUCCAAGGCGCCUGGGCCGCCACCAUCUACGCCUACACAUCCCGCUCGGAAACGAGACGCGCCUACAGCGAAGUCCUCGCCAAACUCUCUGGCCGCAACACCAAACACGACUCCACAACCUCCGUCCCCUGCGCCGAUCACAAGGACACCAUGAACAGCUCCUGCGAUACGCACGCCUCCCAGGCCGACAUCGCCCUCGCGCACGUGUCUAGCCCGCGGGAGCGCGUGCGCCAUGUCGAGUUGGUGCCCCAGGGCAGGCGGAAUAGUAUGGCGGCCGACACGGCAUAG